CCGUGUGAUCCUGAGGCUAUUCCCUGAGUUAACAUGGCUGCGGCCGGCCAGCCGCUGGGACACCCUUGAGGAAAGGAGACGAGGUUUGUCCGAGGCUUCGGCUGCGAUCUCCUCAGCGAUGGCGCUUCGGUCGCGGCUCUGGGAGUUGUCUUCGGUUUGCAGGAACCCGGGAUGUGGGGUGGCGGCUCUCUCAACCAGUUCCAAGCCAGCGGUGAAGCCUGAAGCGGACGUUGUGGAAAAUGAAGCUGUUGCCCCAGAGUUCACCAACCGGAACCCCCGGAAUCUGGAGCUCUUGGCUUUUGCCAGAAAAGAGCGGGGCUGGAGGACAGUGUGGCCCUCCCGGGAGUUCUGGCACAGGUUGAGAGUCAUAAGGACUCAGCAUCAUGUAGAAGCAUUUGUGGAACACCGCAGUGGCCAGGUUGUGGUUUCAGCAUCCACCCGUGAAUGGGCUAUUAAAAGGCACCUUUAUAGUACCAGAAACGUGGUGGCUUGUGAGAGUGUGGGACGAGUGCUGGCAGAGCGAUGCUUAGAAGCAGGAAUCAACUUCAUGGUCUACCAACCAACUCCUUGGGAGGCAGCCUCAGACUCGUUCAAACGACUAGAGAGUGCUAUGACAGAAGGUGGUGUGGUGCUGCAGGAGCCUCGGAGAAUCUAUGAAUGAAACAAGCACUGUUCGGAACUUGUAAAUAUAAAGCUGUCAGCUACUCGUCCACUUGAAGACAGCAUCAGGAGGAACCGCCGGCCUGGACGUUCCAUACACCGGUCUGACAGCAGAGUGUCGCUAGUAGUUCAGGUCCUCUCUGUCUCCCCUUGUGUGUGUGUUUUAAAUCAAGGGCUAAAUUCUUCCUCUCUAUUGAGACAUGAGAGAAGUUAUCUGAGAAAAGCUGUUGCCAAUUAUAAUUAACUUUUGAAGGACAAAUUAAAUGUUGUUUAGAAGUUAAAGAAUAAAGGUAUAUUGUAAACUCUUA